GUCCCCACACAGAUAGACAGACAGAGAGAGAGAGAGAGAGAGAACGAUCCGCAGAGAAAGAUAGAAGGACACCCCCUCCCACACACACACACACACACGCGCGCGCGCGCGGACAGGGAAAGGCAGAGACACCAAAUAGCUUUGGUCCAAGAUCUGAGAGGGAGCAAAUUUGGGGCAUUAAAACCGGAGCCGAGGCCUUGGUAACUGCUCCAACAUGUCGACGCCUAAAACCGGCUGCCUUGUUCUGGAAGGGGACAGCCUAACCAAGUCGAGUGAAGUCGACAAUCCCUUUACUUGCCCGAUUUCCAAUGAUGAAAGUGGUGGUGUGGACUGUACAGACGCAUUCUAUAAAUGUGCGCCUAAACUAACCUGUCCAAAUUACCAUCUGCAAGAUUGUAAAGUGAAAUACUAUCUCCCAGAGAAAGACGUCAUGCCAAGUGGGGACUAUUGUUCAGCGUACCUGUCUGCCUGGCCUGCACAUAUGACUGGAAAGAUUGUUCGCAGUAUUCGUAAACCUAAAUCAUCAGGUAUCCCCAAACACCAUGGGUAUGACGAUGAGUUUGCAAGCAAUGCUGCAAAACCCCAAUUCCUGGAACAAUUGGAAGCACACCUGAGGAAAGAACUGCAGACCCUGGAUAUGAGUAAGCCCAAAAUACAAGAGGUCAAGCUACAGGCCUACCGUGAGGUUUUUGAAUAUUUCAUUGAGGAUUUGAAAACGUACAAACCACUGCUAGCAGCCAUAAAGAAUGAAUAUGAAUUGACCCUCGCUUACAUGGAAGACCAAAUUCGUGAGCUUCAGCCUCUGAAAGCCAUGAUGUUUACGACAGUAGAACAAUGUAACCAAAAGAUCAUGGCUAUCUAUGAACAGGAAAGCCUGGAGUUGAAAACACUGAAGGAUGAAAAAUUAGACCUUCUGAAACAAAUUGAUAAAUCAAUGGAAACGAAGAACACUUUGAGGGAGCAGGUUGCAAAACUGCAAACAGAAUUGCAAAUUCAAUACAAGAAAUACCGAGAUGAAUAUGAUGCUCGUAGACUUCUCCUUUCAGAUAUAAAUAACCUGCGAGCUCAGCAAGAAGAAUCAAAGCCUUCUGAGUUACAAGCGGAUAUUGUUGAGGACACUGUAAAGUUGAACCUGGCACUGAAGGUCACACGUCAGGACCUUACAAUGCUACAGGUGGAGUUAAAUACGAUGAAGGCAGAAUACGGGGAUGUGAUUCCCAGAAGAGAGUUUGAGAUUUUGGAAAAGAACUACAACGAGCUCCAUGAAAAGCAUGAACAUAUCCAGAAAGACCAUAAUCAGAUUAAAGUGGAAUACAGCACCCUACUGGAAGUACAUAAGUACAUUACUAUUCAGCGGGACAAGUUGCUCUUAGAAAUCGAGCAGUUCAAAACCAGUGCUUCAGUUUCAGGGGCAAUCGUGCCAGCUGAAAGCCAAGAGCCAAGUCAGAUAAUGCACGAGAUUGAAAAGAAAGAAACUGAAGAUUUGGAAGAGUUUGAGGGCCUGGGCACUGGAGAAGAUGUCCUGUUGUUUUUGAGACAUGAUGGUCUGGUGAAAAACACCCAAAUGAGCAGGAAGGAUAUAGUCAGUGUGGUGAUGGAAAUCUGGAAGGAAAAAAUUCAAGCAGACGAAGAGAGCGGAAUAAGGUCCAACUUUGCCGAGUUUUUUAAUAGCUUCCUCCAGAAGAAAUAUGGAGACCUUACUGUCCAGUGGGCCUAUAACAUCUAUUACGGAUGCAGGCACUGUCAAGAUGAUGAUUAUAUCAAUAUAUUUUUCAGAAUCCUGAAUGGAACUGUUGAUGAAAGUAUGUACCAUGGACAAGUCCAGUUGAUUUCAAAUCUGGCAAAGCAAAUGACCUGGCAUGACAACACUAACGAAGGCUUUCUUAGCAAAAUUAACUUCAGUCAUUUGUUAAAGAAUACUUUCCCCAACAAAACAGUCGAGUACCUCGAUGAGCUGCUGCAAGCUGCAGAAUUCCAGCUCGGAGCUGACGAAAAUCUGAACUACAAAGCCUUAUUUGGUGAGAAUGAAGAGGAAAAACCAGGUCCUUUCAUCAUGUUAUUAAAAAACCAGCAAGAAUCUGAGAAAAUCCAGUACGUGGACGAACUGAAAAGUAAACUGGAAGAGGCAGUAGACGUCACAGUAGCCGAUCUAAAAAAUGCUUUUCAAGACAUUGACCCUUCUAUCCUGCCACACAUCUUGGACACGUACAUAAUGUAUGCUUUUCAAACAACAAAGGAACAGAUCGAUCAGGCUGGUCCUCUGGAUCUUGACGUGCUGCUCGAGCGACUGCAAGUAUGUGAUGUCAAGAGAAUAGGACCACCAUCUAUUGAAUAAAAUUAGUCUUUCAGUUUUAAAGUUUUUAAAACAUGUUAUACUAAUCUAACAGUAUAUAGUUUAUUUUAGAAUGAAUAUACUAUAAACAGCAAUAAAAUUAGUUGUUUCUUAACUACUUGAAACCAUAGUCUUUAUUUUUUUUAAGCAAAAUGGGUCCAUAGGAGGUCAAGUUUCUGACUCAUCUUUGCAAACCAGAUGUGAUGCUAUAAGUAGAAAAAGCCCAUAUAUAGCUGGAGAAUAGCUAUCUGUGUGUCAAGACUAUUUGACAAAAGCGUUGAAUUUUAUCUUUCAGGUGCAAACAUAUUCUUUUUGCUAGGACUGCAUUUAAUAACAGGCCUCAACAAAAUAAAGUUAUAACAAUAAUAAGUUAGAAAAAUGAUGAUCUAUAGUAAUCUAUAAUAAUCUCCCUGGACAAUAGAAUAGGGUGGUGACUUGAUUUGUAGUCAGCUGCUUUGUAAUGGACUGCUCUAAAGUAUGAGGAAGCAUCCCAGGAGAGUCUUUGUAAAUAGAUUAAUUUUAUUAAGGGUUCAUAUUGUAUUAAUUACAGCAAUUGAGCUUGAGGCAUGAUAAUACACCAAAGCACGCAAUGUAAUUUCAGAUAGGAAUAAAAGUGAAAAAUACUUUCCCCAGAUGGCACGUUAUAAUGUACUUUCAGCAGAUUUUUUAGAGCUACAAUAAUGUUAAAUAUACCUUAGUGCAGUCUAAGGUAUUCAAUCAAUUAUUAAUCGACUUCAUUCAGUCGACGCAUCCAAAUGGGGAAAAUGUACUGUGACUAUGUCAACUCCCUGUUUGUCAGCUUUCCCAACUCUUGUCUCCACAAGC